AUGUCAGCCUACGUGGAACGCAGGCACCCGCAAAAGCGGCUAACCCGGAGGCCCCACCCGUAUGGGGGGCCCUCUGAGGGGCCCCAAGGGGCCCCUUCCCUUUUUACGCGGGUGGCUUCCCGCGUCUCCUCUUUCUUCAUGAAUGCCCUUAGAGGGAAUUCGCGGGGGCCCCGCAAUAGCAGCGAGCAGCACUUGCAGCAGCAGAGCGAGGCCAUGAGCGAAUGCAGCUCGUUUUUUAGCGAGACGCGCAGUGAAGCCUCAGGGGGCCCCCUUCACAGAGACUACCGGCAUCAACAGUAUCUGCAGGCAGCAGGAGCAGCAGCAGCAGCAGGAAACUAUUCGAACUCCUCCCUGCCGUACGUCGGCUUCGCCCAACAGCAGCAGCCACAGCUGAGAGGACCCCACAAGACAAAUUUGGCGGGGACGGCUGUAGAGGCCCUUCCAUGGGAACUGAGCGACACGGGGGCCCCUGCGGGGGCCCCUUCGGGGGGCCCCCCGGGGGCUUUGGGGCCCUGGCAGCGCAUGCAUCCACAGCUGGCCGCCCUUUCUCGACUCGACAGGCAACAGCAGCUGCGUCUCGAGCAGCAGCAGCACUUGCAGCAGCAGCAGCACUUGCAGCAACGGCAGCAAGUGCAGCCGAAGCAGCGAUACCGACAAGUGCACGUGGCUUCUGCUGCAGCGGAGGCGAGAGACACGGCAGCAGCUAUCCCCAUGUUUCAGCAGCAGCAGGCUAUUCUGGAAGAGCAGCAGCAGCAGCAGCAGCAACUGCUGCUGCAGCAGCAGCAGCAGGAUAUGCUGGAAGAGCAGCAGCAGCGACAGCAGCCCCGAGAAGACGUUUCUGCUACUGAGCUGCAGCAACUCUACCUUCGGUGUCACCCCCUGCGCUGGCAUGUGCGGCUUAUGGAAUUGUUUCAGCUGGAUGCUGAGGCUGCAUUGCAGCAGCAACAGCUACAGCUGCAACAGCAGAAACAGCAGCGUCUGCUCGAGAAGCUGCAGCGCCGCAUGGAGGCCGGUGCUUCGGCGGAAUCCUCAGGUGUCUCGCCAGCAGCAGCAGCAGCAAAAGCAGUGCUCGCAGAAGCCUCUGCUGCACUUCAGCCCGCAGCCAAGGCAGCAGCUGCUGCUGCUGCUGCUUCUGCUGGUGUCUCCACGAGGUCGGCAGUAGCGACGAAAGACGCGCGUGCCUCCGCAGCGGGAGGGGCUGUAGAGACAGGAGACUCCGCAGCAGCAUCAGCUGCGGCGGAGUGCCUCAAGGAAACAGGAGGCGGCCUCGCAGGAGGCUCUUCUUCUGCAGGCUCCAUGUUUGGUCGGCAGCAGCAGCGAGAUGCGACGCCAGAAGAGCAGACGAAGUCGCGUGCGAGCUGCAUUUCUGGCUCCCUCUUCGGUGCGGGGACUGAGCAGCCUGCUGCUGCCGCAGGAGGGCAUGCAGGAGCGACGAACGGCUUCUCCGUGUUCGGGCUUAGCAGGGGGGAGACGCACAGUGCAACAGGAACCUCUGUCACCGGCGGACGAACUGCUGCUGCUGGCAGCGCUGCGGCUGAGCAGCCUCUUCUCUCAGGCACAGGCACAGCUGCAAAGCCUCCAGGAGACCAAACACAAGCGCAAGCAAAGGUUUCUGAGGAGGCUUCUUCGUCUCCCCCGCAGAAGGGCCUUGUCUCCGAGGCGGAGACUGUCAGCCGCACUGCGGUGAGUGGAGUCUCCUCCCCAGACAAGGACGAGACUACGGGGAAGCCGUCUCGCAGUCUGUUCGGUGCUGCUGGGCUGAAAAGCUCCGCAAAGGCGUCCUUUGGGAGUCUCCUGGGAGGCGUGGCUCCAGGUGCCACACACAGCCUCGUAGGGGCCACAAAGCUCGCAGCCAGUAGCACGAGCAGCAGCAGCAGCAGCACGAGCAGCAGCAGUAGCAGCAGCAGCAGCAGCAGUAGCAGCAGCAGCACGAGCAGCAGUAGCAGCACGAGCAGUAGCAGCAGUAGCAGCAGCAAAGAAGGUAGCAAGCCAGCUGCAGUGCCCUGGUGGCUAGCCAACGUGGGCAAGCCGUGCGAAGUCGUUAUUGAGGCUGAUGGCUUUGCGGAGAAUGCAAAUGACGAGGGAUCUGCGGAGCACGCUGCAGAGGCGUCUGCAGACUCUGCUGUUGCGACUCCUGCUGGCGUCGUUGCUGCAGAUGCAGCUGCGCGAGACGGAGGAGGCACAGCAGCGCAGUCCGCAGCAGGGGGGGGAGGAAGCGGCCUUUUUGGCAGCCUGCCAAUUCCGAAGGCUGCGCCAGCUGCUCCCUCGCUGUUCACCUUUGGCAGCUCCAGCAGCAACAUCAGCAAAAACAGCAGCAGUGGCAUGUCGCUCUUCGGCAUUAACAAGGAGGGGGGGGGCCCCUUCAGCGCUGGCGGCAGUUUGUUUGGCACGGCGACAGCAGCAGCGGCCCCUCCUGCCCUUUUGGGAUCUUCCCCCAGCAGCAACGAUUCUGCAAAUCAAGUAUUCGUCUUCGGUGCCAGCAGCAGCAGUGCAAACAAGAGCAGCGAUCCUGCAGCGGCAGCAUCGGAAGCGCAGAAGCCCUUCGUUUUCGGCAGCAGCAGCACCAGCAGCAGCAGCAGCAGCAGCAGCAGCACUACUCCUGCGGCGGGGGCAGCAGCCGAUAAGCCUUCCCUCUUUGGCAGCUCCUCAGCAUCUACAAAUAAGCUGUUUACAUUUGGUGGCAAUGCAGCUGGAGCAGGUGCAGCAGCAGCAGCAGAUAAGCCUUCCCUCUUUGGUGGCAGUGCAGCAGGAGCAGGUGCAACAGCAGAUAAGCCUUCCCUCUUUGGUGGCAGUGCAGCAGGUGCAGCAGCAGCAGCAGAUAAGCCUUCCCUCUUUGGUGGCAGUGCAGCAGGUGCAGCAGCAGCAGAUAAGCCUUCCCUCUUUGGUGGCAGUGCAGUAGGUGCAACAGCAGCAGCCGAUAAGCCUUUUCUCUUUGGUGGCAGUGCAGCUGGAGCAGGUGCAGCAGCAGCAGCAGAUAAGCCUUUUCUCUUUGGUGGCAGUGCAGCUGGAGCAGGUGCAGCAGCAGAUAAGCCUUCCCUCCCUUUUCUCUUUGGUGGCAGUGCAGCUGGAGCAGGUGCAACAGCCGAUAAGCCUUCCCUCUUCGGUGGCAGUGCAGUAGGUGCAACAGCAGCAGCCGAUAAGCCUUCCCUCUUUGGUGGCAGUGGCAGCAAGGGCACCCCAUCUUUCAAUUUGUUUGGUGCUCCCUUCUCCGCUUCAAAGCCUUCGGGAGGUUCUCUGAACUUUGGACUUUUGAAGGAUAGCGAAGGGGGCAGUCAGAGAGGGAAUUUAUUCGUGGAGGGCGGCGGUAGUGGUAAGCGGGGUAGAACCGAGUCGGAGGGGCCCCCCUCGAAAGGUUUAUUUAGGACGCGCGAGGCUCCGCAUAAUGCCGCGUCUAGAAUACCACUCAAACGACAGUGCGACUGCGCCUAUGCGACUCAGAGGGCACCUGCGGGGCUGCCUAGCGAGGUGGCUAGCUACAAGUUAGACGAAGGGCGAAAAGGGGUAACUGGCCAGCCAGGAGCGACGCACGCAGCGGCAGCCUUACAGGGCGUCGCCGCAGACAGCUGGUGUGCUAUACCUAUUGACUGCUGUCCCUUUCAAGUCUAG